AUGGCGCUGACCCGGCACAGCUGGCUGCUUCUCGGCGCCACGCUUCUGAACGUGGGGGCCGAGAUCUCCAUCACCCCCGAGCCUGACCAGCCAGCCGAGGGGGACAACGUCACACUGGUUGUCCACGGGCUUUCAGGGGAACUGCUUGCUUACAACUGGUACGCAGGGCCCACGCUCAGCCUGUCCUACCUGGUGGCCAGCUACAUCGUGAGCACGGGCGAUGAGACGCCUGGCCCAGCCCACACGGGGCAGGAGGCCGUGCGCCCCGACGCCAGCCUAGACAUCCAGGGCGUCCUGCCCGGGCACUCAGGCACCUACAUUCUGCAGACCCUCAACAGGCAGUUUCAGACCGAGGUGGGCUACGGACACCUUCGGGUCUAUGAGAUGCUGGCCCAGCCCACCGUCGUGGCCAACAGCACCGCCCUGGUGGAGCGGCGAGACACCCUGCGUCUGAUGUGCAGCAGCCCCAGCCCCGCCGAGGUCCGCUGGUUCUUCAACGGCGAGACCCUGCCCAUCGCCGUCCGCCUCGGCCUGUCCCCCGACGGCCGGGUGCUGACCCGCCACGGCGUCCGCAGGGAGGAGGCCGGAGCCUAUCAGUGUGAGGUGUGGAACCCAGUCAGCGUCAGCCGCAGCGAACCCAUCAACCUGACGGUGUACUGUGAGUCCUCCCGGCCCCACCAGAGAGACCCGAUGUCCAGACCUCAUGGUGGGGGAAACCGAGACCAGGAGAGGUGGAAGGACUCCACCACCCGCACGGGCUGUACCAUCAAAGUGGACUUCAAUACGUCCCUCACCCUGUGGUGCGUGUCCAGGUCCUGCCCGGAGCCCGAGUACGUGUGGGCCUUCAACGGGCGGGCCCUUAAGAAUGGCCAAGACCACCUCAAUAUCAGCAGCAUGACGGCGGCCCACGAGGGCACGUACACGUGCAUUGCAAAGAACGCCAAGACCCUACUGUCGGGUUCUGCCUCCGUGGUGGUCAAGCUCUCUGCUGCCGCGGUCGCCAUGAUGAUCGUGCCCGUGCCGGCCAAGCCGACGGAGGGGCAGGACGUGACGCUGACGGUGCAGGGCUACCCCAAGGACCUGCUGGUCUACGCCUGGUACCGCGGGCCUGCCUCCGAGCCCAACCGGCUGCUCAGUCAGCUGCCGUCCGGGAACUGGAUCGCAGGCCCCGCGCACACGGGCCGGGAGGUGGGCUACGCCAACUGCUCGCUGCUGGUGCAGAAGCUGAAUCUCACCGACGCCGGCCGCUACACGCUCAAGACCGUGACGCUGCAGGGCAAGACGGAGACGCUGGAAGUGGAGCUGCAGGUGGCCCAGUUAGAGCCGACCGGGCCCUAUGCCUUCGCCAAGCUCUCGGAGGGCCACCGCGGCUAUAAACGUCCUGGUUAA